CGGUGGCGAGUGGUACCUUGUCAGUCUCGCUUGUAAAAAGGCAGUGCUGCGUGCACUGAUAUCCCGGCUUUUGUCUCAGGAGCAAAAGACACACGUCGUCUCAAAAAAUGAAACGAGUUUGGGUCGUAGGAGUUCUCUUUGCACUCUUAGCCUUUGCUGCUGUAAAGGCGGAGGAUGAAGUUGACGUCGAUGGGACAGUGGAGGAGGAUCUUGGAAAAAGCAGAGAUGGCUCAAGAACAGAUGACGAGGUGGUGCAGAGAGAGGAGGAGGCUAUCCAGCUGGAUGGAUUGAAUGCAGCUCAGAUUAAGGAAAUCCGAGAAAAGUCUGAGAAACAUGUCUUUCAGGCUGAAGUCAACAGAAUGAUGAAGCUGAUCAUUAACUCCCUCUACAAAAACAAGGAGAUCUUCCUCAGGGAGCUGAUCUCUAACGCCUCCGAUGCUCUGGAUAAGAUCCGCUUGUUGUCCUUGACCAAUGAGGAGGCAAUGGCAUCAAAUGAAGAGCUAACUAUCAAAAUAAAAUCUGAUAAGGAGAAGAACAUGCUGCACAUCACUGACACUGGUCUUGGAAUGACCAAGGAGGAGCUGGUGAAGAACUUGGGCACCAUCGCCAAGUCUGGCACCAGCGAGUUCCUCAACAAGAUGACAGAGAUGCAGGCUGAGGACCAGUCCACCUCGGAGCUGAUUGGCCAGUUUGGUGUGGGUUUCUACUCGGCUUUCCUCGUUGCUGACAAAGUCAUCGUCACGUCUAAACACAACAAUGACACCCAGCACAUCUGGGAGUCUGACUCUAACCAGUUCUCAGUCAUCGAGGACCCCCGCGGGGACACACUGGGAAGAGGAACCACCAUCACACUGGUCCUGAAAGAGGAGGCCUCAGACUACCUGGAGCUCGAGACCAUCAAGAACCUCAUCAGGAAGUACUCUCAGUUCAUCAACUUCCCCAUAUACCUCUGGGCCAGCAAGACUGAGACUGUUGAAGAGCCCAUUGAGGAGGAUGCUGAAGCAACAGAGCCAGAGAAGGAGGCUACUGACGAUGUGGAAGUGGAGGAAGAGGAGGAGGACAAAGACAAGCCAAAGACCAAAAAGGUUGAAAAGACUGUGUGGGACUGGGAGCUGAUGAACGACAUCAAGCCAAUCUGGCAGAGACCGGCGAAGGAGGUUGAGGAGGAUGAGUACACGGCUUUCUACAAGACCUUCUCCAAGGACACCGACGACCCUCUGGCCCACAUCCACUUCAUGGCUGAGGGAGAGGUUACCUUCAAGUCCAUCCUGUUUGUGCCCACUUCAGCUCCACGCGGCCUGUUCGACGAGUAUGGCUCCAAGAAGAACGACUACAUCAAGCUGUUUGUGAGGAGAGUUUUCAUCACAGACGACUUCAACGACAUGAUGCCCAAGUACCUGAACUUCGUCAAGGGAGUGGUUGACUCUGAUGAUCUUCCCCUGAACGUGUCCAGAGAGACUCUGCAGCAGCACAAACUGCUCAAGGUUAUCCGCAAGAAGCUGGUGCGUAAGACUUUGGACAUGAUCAAGAAGAUUGCAGAGGAACAGUACAAUGAAAAGUUCUGGAAGGAAUUCGGAACCAACAUCAAGCUGGGCGUCAUCGAGGAUCACUCCAACAGGACCCGUCUGGCCAAGCUGCUCCGCUUCCAGACCUCCAACAGCGAAACCAUCCUGGCCAGCCUGGAGGAGUAUGUGGAGCGCAUGAAGGAGAAGCAGGACAAGAUCUACUUCAUGGCUGGAACCAGCAGGAAGGAGGCUGAGUCUUCCCCCUUUGUUGAGAAGCUGCUGAAGAAGGGCUAUGAAGUGAUCUACCUGACAGAGCCUGUGGACGAGUACUGCAUCCAGGCCCUCCCCGAGUUUGAUGGAAAACGCUUCCAGAACGUCGCCAAGGAGGGCAUCAAAUUUGACGAGACUGACAAGGCAAAGGAGAAGAGGGAGGCUCUGGAGAAGGAGUAUGAACCUCUCACCACUUGGCUGAAGGAUAAGCCACUGAAGGACAAGAUUGAGAAGGCCAUCCUCUCUCAGAGGCUUACAAACUCCCCCUGCGCUUUGGUUGCCAGUCAGUACGGCUGGUCAGGAAACAUGGAGAGGAUCAUGAAGGCCCAGGCCUACCAGACAGGAAAAGACAUUUCCACUAAUUAUUAUGCAAGUCAGAAGAAAACAUUAGAAAUCAACCCCAAACAUCCUCUCAUCAAGCAGAUGCUGAACAGAGUCAAUGGAGACGCUGAGGACCAGACUGCAUCCGAUCUGGCUGUGGUUCUGUUUGAGACGGCCACGCUGCGUUCAGGGUACCAGCUCGCUGACACUAAGGCUUAUGGAGACAGGAUAGAGCGCAUGCUCCGACUCAGCUUGAACGUAGAUCUGGAAGAACAGAUUGAGGAGGAGCCAGAGGAGCCAGCAGAGGAGGAGGAUGAUGCUGAAGAUAAAGAGGAAGUUAUAGAUGAGGAUGAUGAUGACGAACCGACGACAACAGACAAAGAUGAACUGUGAAGCACUGAAUGAAGAGCGUGUAACAACGGAGCUGGAAGCGGAUUCGAGUCUCAUUCCAGCUCCACCGUGGUAGACGUUAUCCUGGGUGGGGGUCCCUGGGUGGGGUUUUUUAAGGCGCGCAUUGUUUGUUUUUUGUUUUUGUUUUUUUUAUCACAUUCCUCAUGACUGUAAAUUUGUUAAUAUUUAACUGACCUGUUCAUGGAAAGAUGCGAUCCUGUCUCUUGAUCGAAUAAAUGUUUCCUGGAGAAAGGA